CGGCCGCUCGGAGUUGAGAGCCGUCCGUGCCGCGUCCCUGUCCGUGUCGGUCGCUGCUGUGGUGACAUGAUCCGAAAUGGGCACGGGGUGGUGGGCGGCGCCGAGCGGCCAGGCCCAGGGGGCAGGCCCGCCGUGCGGGUGUGGUGCGACGGCUGCUAUGACAUGGUGCAUUAUGGCCACUCAAACCAGCUGCGCCAGGCGCGGGCCAUGGGAGACUACCUCAUUGUGGGCGUGCACACUGACGAGGAAAUCUCCAAGCACAAGGGACCCCCAGUGUUCACGCAGGAGGAGAGGUACAAGAUGGUGCAGGCCAUCAAGUGGGUGGAUGAGGUGGUGCCGGCGGCUCCCUACGUCACCACGCUGGAGACGCUGGACAAGUACAACUGCAACUUCUGUGUCCAUGGCAAUGACAUCACCCUCACUGUAGAUGGCCGAGAUACCUACGAGGAAGUGAAGCAGGCUGGGAGGUACAGAGAGUGCAAGCGCACCCAGGGCGUGUCCACCACAGAUCUCGUCGGCCGUAUGCUGCUGGUGACCAAGGCUCAUCAUAGCAGCCAAGAGAUGUUCUCAGAGUACCGGGAGUACGCAGACAGCUUCGGCAAGCCCCCUCACUUGACACCUGCCAGGGAGAUGCUUUUUUCAGAAGGCUCCUCCCAGUGCCCAAGGGGGCGAAAUCCCUGGACAGGGGUAUCCCAAUUUCUGCAGACAUCCCAAAAGAUCAUUCAGUUUGCUUCUGGGAAGGAGCCCCAGCCAGGGGAGACGAUCAUCUAUGUGGCCGGUGCCUUUGACCUGUUCCACAUCGGGCACGUCGACUUCCUGGAGAAGGUGCACGGCUUGGCAGAGAGGCCCUACGUCAUCGCCGGCUUGCACUUUGACCAGGAGGUCAACCACUACAAGGGAAAGAACUACCCCAUCAUGAACCUGCACGAGCGGACCCUGAGCGUGCUGGCUUGCCGGUACGUGUCGGAAGUGGUGAUUGGAGCCCCAUACGCGGUCACAGCAGAGCUCCUGGACCACUUCAAGGUAGACCUGGUGUGCCACGGGAAGACUGAAAUCGUGCCCGGCAAGGAUGGCUCUGACCCGUACCAGGAGCCCAAGAGAAGGGGCAUCUUCUGUCAGAUCGACAGCGGGAGUGACCUCACCACAGACCUCAUUGUCCAGCGCAUCAUCAAGAACAGGCUGGAGUACGAGGCCCGGAACCAGAAGAAAGAGGCCAAGGAGCUGGCCUUCCUGGAGGCCAGGAGGCAGCAGGAGGCACAGCCCGAGGGAGCAAGCCAAGGUGCCUUCUGAAGGAGGAAGACAGUCACCAAAAGCCCUGGAGCUCAGCCCUCUCCCUGCCCUGCCUCCUGCGCCACCAGUCUGGCUCAGUGGUUGUGACAAAGCUGCAGCGCCCCUCUUGCUGGCCUGGCCCUGGAAGGGCCGUUGAGGAGGUGGUCGCCUCCCACCUCCUGCAAGGCACGUUUACAGCAGGCCUGCACCCUUCCCGUCAGGCUGCACAGAGAGGGAGCCCAGCCUAGUGGAGUUGACCCAGCAGGCAAGAUGAGUGGAGGGUGUCCCAGAGCAGAGGGAUGCCACCCUGUGUGCUUGGGGAGGCCCAGCUUCCAUCCUCCUGGCUCCACUGCGGUGCCCCCCACCCCCACCCCUCAGGAGGCUCCUGUGGACCCAAGCUGUACUUCCUGCCUACCCACCUCGGUGAGAAUCCACUUCAGGGGUACAGUGACCCGAGGGGCUGCCAACUUUCCUCCUCAGAGUGCAGACCAGGCCGCCUCCUGCACGGGCACCCUCUGUCCCACUCUGCAUCCUUGGUGUCCCGACCCUGGCUCCAGGACCCUGCGCCCUGCUCCGAGGCCAGCCUCCUGCUCUCCCCACACUCUUGAGAUUGUGCAUAACUGGCUGAUGUGCGACCAAAUAAACCUG